CAUCUCUCCUUGCUCAGUCCUCACUGUACUUUCUCUUUCAUCUAGAGAGAGAGAGAGAGGGAGAUCGAUUGGGGUUUGAAUAUAUUAAUGGCGGUGGAGAAAGGCGGAAUGGGGCAGCAAAACAAACAAAGUUUGAGUGAAUUAAUGUUUUCCGAACCCAUGAUGAAGAGAGCAACCAAAUUGUUAGUUUCAGUGUCUGUGUUUUCCGUCAUCGUUUCCUACAUUUCAUGGCGUUCGCAUCCCCUCCUUGCAUUCCCGAUCGACAAGAACUACAUGUUCCUCGUUUGCAACGGAAUCCUCGUACUCCUCGCUAAAACCUCCGGCCGCCUCGUCCUACGUUCUGGCCCCGCAGUUUUCGACGAUCACGCUCCACCCCCGCAUGCAAAAUUGCUGGAUUCCUUGUUGCACAAGGAAGCCGCCAUGGAAAGUCCUCUUCUUCUUCUUCUUGAAAAUGCCGAUUCUGACGCCCUAGAGGAAGAAGAAGAAGAAGAAAAGCACGUGAUUGAAGAAGAAAGAGAAGAUGAUGAGGAUUCUAGAAGUUUGAUGAUCGUGGAGGACAAGGAAGAGGAGGAAAGUGGUGGGUUUUUGAAGGAAUCAUUAAUGGAAGAAGAUUGCACAAGUUUUAUCAUGCAAGGAGAUGAUCAUGAGGAGGAGGAGGAGCUUGAUGAGGAACUUAAUAAUGAGAUUUUCAUUGAAGCGGCUGAGAAAGAAGUGGCGGAAGAAAGAGAGAGGUUAAACAAGUUAAGCGCGGAGGAGUUGAACAAGAAGUUUGAAGAAUUCAUUAGGAAGAUGAAGGAAGACAUUAGGAUUGAAGCUCAGCAGCAGCACUUAGUGCUGGUCAAAUGAUCGAUUGUUGUUAUUUCCGGCCGGCACUAUCUAAGUUACAUUAAACUGUGUACUUCGUACUUCAAUUUGACCGGUAGUACUAUUGCUAGCUUAGUUAGUUAGUUCACCGCAGGUUGUAUAAUUUUUGCCAGUUUGCAGGCUGUCUAAUAUAAGCUAAGCUAGCGAAUAUGACUAUUAUGGUUUAUAAAU